AUGUUCUGUUGUUUAGGUAGGAAAAAACGGGAAAAUGAAAUAGAAAGAACUAAUUCUAAUAAAUUAAUGGUAGAAAGAUUUAUAUUGUAAAAUUGUAAAUCUAAUGAUGAGGUAUUUUUAUAUAAAAAUAGAGGAUUCUUUUGAUGAAUCAUAAGAUAAGAAUAAUAUAAUUAUAAUAGAUUAUGAUAAUAAUUAAUAUGAAAAGAAGCCUUGGUCAGGUAUUUAGUGGCAAAUGAUUAUCCAAACAAAAAGUUUAAAUUAAAUUGAAUAGUAUAUUUGAG